GUGGUGACCAUGCCAGAGUACCUCCGGAAGCGGUUUGGCGGGAAGAGGAUUCAGGUCUACCUCUCAGUCCUGUCCCUGUGCCUUUACAUCUUCACCAAGAUCUCGGCAGAUAUAUUUUCUGGAGCCAUUUUUAUCCAGCUUGCCAUGGGGCUGAAUAUUUACGUGGCUAUAAUCCUGUUGCUUGUCAUCACGGCGCUUUACACCAUCACAGGAGGACUUGCGGCCGUCAUCUACACCGACACCUUGCAGACCUUCAUCAUGCUGCUGGGAUCGAUCAUUCUGGCCGUAUUCGCGUUCAAGGAAGUAGGGGGAUACGAAGAGCUGAUGGACAAAUACAUGAAAGCGAUCCCGUCGCUCGUCUCCAAUGGAAGUGUGGCCGUCCCCGAGCAGUGCUACAGCCCCCGCCCGGACGCCUUCCAGAUUUUCCGCGAUCCCAUCAGCGGCGACCUGCCCUGGCCGGGCCUCAUCUUCGGCUUGACCAUCCUGGCCUUGUGGUACUGGUGCACGGACCAGGUCAUCGUGCAGCGCUGCCUCUCGGGGAAGAACAUGUCGCACGUCAAGGCCGGCUGCAUCUUGUGCGGCUACCUGAAGCUGCUGCCCAUGUUCCUGAUGGUGAUGCCGGGCAUGAUCAGCCGGGUCCUGUACACAGACGACGUCGCCUGCGUUCUGCCCGAGGAGUGCAUGCGAGCGUGCGGGACGCCCGUGGGCUGCUCCAACAUCGCCUACCCAACGCUGGUGGUGAGGCUCAUGCCGGACGGGCUGCGAGGUCUGAUGCUCUCGGUGAUGCUGGCCUCCCUGAUGAGCUCGCUCACCUCCAUCUUCAAUAGUGCCAGCACCCUCUUCACGAUGGACAUCUACACCAAGAUCCGCACGAAAGCGAAGGAACGGGAGCUCAUGAUCAUUGGCAGGCUCUUCAUGCUGGUUCUCAUUGGUGUCAGUAUUGCCUGGGUUCCUAUAGUGCAGUCAGCCCAAAGUGGGCAGCUUUUUGACUACAUCCAGUCCAUCACCAGCUAUCUCGGCCCGCCCAUCGCAGCCGUCUUUUUCCUUGCCAUUUUCUGCAAGCGGGUCAAUGAACAAGGGGCCUUCUGGGGCCUGGUUGUCGGGCUGGCGGUUGGGCUCUCCCGGAUGAUAACGGAGUUCGCCUAUGGGACGGGCAGCUGUGUGAAGCCCAGCAACUGCCCGGAUAUCAUCUGCAAAGUUCACUACCUGUACUUUGCCAUCAUCCUAUUUACAGUCUGCGUCGUUACAAUUUUGUCCGUCUCAUUCCUGACUAAGCCCAUCGAUGAUGUGCACCUCUACCGCCUCUGCUGGACGCUGCGCAACAGCACAGAGGAGCGAGUCGAUCUGGAUGCUGGGGAGGCUGAGCUGCCGAAGGAAGAGGAGGAUGCUCUCAAGGUUUCUGUUGCAGCCCGUGAUGAGGAGGUGGGCUGUGGCAGGAAGGUCUACAACUGGUUCUGCGGCUUGGAUCAGGGGGGCCCCCGGCUGAGCAAGGAGGAAGAGGAGGCCAUGCAGCAGAAGCUGAGCGACACGACCGAGGACCCCUUCUGGAGGCGUGUGGUCAACAUGAACGCCAUCAUCUUGCUGGCCGUGGCUGUCUUCUGCCACGGCUUUUUCGCCUAGACCCUGCAGAGGCCCGCGAGGAGCUUUCCUUUCGUAGGUGAAGGUCUAUGUUGUGGAAACUGCCUCGCAAAGCUACGAUUUGUAUGUUAUGUCCUUAUUAGACUUGAAACCUGUGUGUGCCAAUUAAGCUGGUGGACAGUCCAAUCAAAUCAGUUCAUUGACAGGGCGACCAGGAAGCCCGCAGGCGAUCAGAAGGCGUGGUGUGCGGGGAGGCCCCUGCCCCAUCUGGCCUUGCCUCGCAUGGGCAGAGCCGGCUGGCUGCUGGUCGGGGCUUUGGAAUGCACUUCUUUAAUGUGUGGCUUGUAAAGAGGUGUUUUUUCUGCUGCUGACACUCUCCUGUCCCCAGAAUGUUUCUCAGAAGUGAUAUGAUUUGUGAAGUAGACUUGAUAAAUGUCUGUUCCUCUUUGAUAUAGUAUGAAUCAAUCUGGUUUUAUUCAUCUGAGGCAGAACCUUCCAGUUACUUUUGCCUCUUACACUGACAGUUUAGCAUCCAUUUUCUAGUCUAAAUUUUUUAUUGUUUUCAGUUGUCAAAUAGGAAUUGCAGGUGUCUGAAUUGUACUUUUAUUACCACUACAAUCUGAAUGAGCUUGAAACUAUUUGAAGGAUCAACACCUUUUCCUGGUACAGUCAUCUACAGCUGGCAUCAUAGAACCCUCUUUGUGCAAUGAAUUCACUGUAUCAUUGUGCAGAAAUAA